GUGACUGUUGAUGGUGGGAUGACCCAGACUGUCAGCCAUGAUGAUAGUGAGAUGUCUUCACUUGCCACCAUUACUGUACCACAGUUCACACCAGCUACAGUGUGUCAGUGACUGCCAUCAACUCUUGUGGUCUCUCCAGUCAGCCUGCCACCACCACUGUCUUCAUUGAGGCCAGAGUUCCACCUCAGCCUACAGUACAGUCUCUCUUGUCAUGUACUGCGAUGUUCCUUCUGAGUGGUGGUAGACCUGUUGU